AUGCCCUUGCAAAACAGGUCCUCCAGGACACGGCAGCAUACCGUCCUUUUAGUGGUCAUCAUGGUCCUGAUAGUGACAAUUGUUGCUGUGCUAGCUGCUGUGCUGCUGGCAAAUGGAAUGAAAGAGACUAGCAUGGAGCUGCUACAGUGGAAAGGCAGAGGGACCACUAAAAAUCUGCAAGAAGUCAUCCUCGGGAGGUGUUAUAAUUACAUCACAACAGUGAACCCUGAGCUGAGAGACAAAGAUUGCCAAAAAAUAUGGGAAAAAAUGCAAAAGGCGUUUAUUUACAAGAACCCAUGUAAUAUUACAAUAGAAGAUUAUCAGCCGUUACUGGAUUUGGCGAGUCAUCCUAUCCCCUGUAACAAGUCAUUAUUUUGGAGCAAGACAAAUGACCUUGUUCAUCGUUAUACAAAAACCAAUCACAAUUUCCUCACUCUGGAGGACACCUUGCUGGGCUAUAUGGCUGACGGAGUCUCAUGGUGUGGAAACCCUUCUAGUCCAGGAAUUAACUAUGAAUCUUGUCCAAAAUGGAGUGAAUGCGAGAGCAACCCUAGUUCUGUGUACUGGAAAAUGGCAUCCAAGAUGUUUGCAGAAGAAGCAUGUGGUGUGGUUCAGGUGAUGCUCAAUGGAUCAAUAGAAGCUGGAGCAUUCAGAAGUAACAGCAUUUUUGGAAGUGUUGAGAUCUUAAACUUAGACCCAGACAAAGUUUCUACAGUGCAGAUUUGGCUUAUGCAGAACAUCGGUGGACCUCCAAGUGAGUCCUGCACGGGUCGCUCCAUAACAAGGUUAAAAAGCAUCUUAGAGGAACGAAACUUGCAUGUCUCCUGUGAGGACAAUUAUAGGCCAGUUCAGCUGCUUCAGUGUGCAAGUGAUCCUGACCAUGCAGACUGCAGACUUUGCACCAACAGUGUACAGUGA